CGGAACACGUGAAGCGUCACACGGAAUCAAUACUGCUCUCUAUUCAGUUUUGUAGUUGGUAGCAAGAAAAUUGAUUUGUGGUUCAUUGAAUUAGGCGAAACUGGGUCACCCAGCGUAGUCCCUUUUCAUCUAGCACUAGCUAAAACAACAGUACCUUGAUAACACUUGGAAUAUUUAGUGUACGAUGGUUUAUAAUACAUUCCUAGUAUAGCCUCAACAUUUGCACUGUGCAGUGUUUUUCGCCUGUUCCGCAGUGUAUGGUGGUUUUACGAUGGAUGUAUGUGUUUCGCUGUGGUUUUGGUUUCGGAUAUCGGUCACACAUCGUCCAGUUAUUUGGUCGUUGUGAAAACAGUGUGAAGGGAAUUGAAGGAACAGUCAAGGAAAAGCAUGUACCAUUCCAACUUUAAUGGCGGUGUACUGCAUUAUUGAUUACUUCAGUAACAGUGCAGAUCCUGAUGAAUUAUGGAUAAGUUUGAAGUUUCUGGUGUCCUAGGACUAUGCCCCUGGAUCGGGACGCCAUUGGGGUAAUGAGAAGUUCAUUACGACCUUUUCCAUUGCCCGAUCAAAGUCAACAGGCUGUUGUCACCCUGGGGCAGGUUCGGCCCGGUCCUCGCGCCCAGAAUGAAUACGUCGACAGCUUGAGGCCCCAGAGCAUCCCUCCCCUGAAGAAUGUGUCUCUGUCUGUGGGGGGAGGAGGGGGGAGCCCACAGACGGUACCUGCUCACGUGCGCGUGUGUCUGCCAGCCAGCAGGAGGCCGACGCUGAACACUACGAUAAUCGCGACGCAGCCCAACUCUGCGUCGCCACCCCUCAAGAAGGAGCCCAUCGAGGACGACAAUCACGGCGACUCGAUCAUCUGCGCGAACUGCGGCAAGUGUCGGUGUGGCGCAUGCACGGAGCCGCGGGACCUGCCCUCCAAGUGGCUGUGCGGCGACCGGUGCGAGGUGAGUGCCGAGAAGGCCGUCGAGUGCUGCACGUGCUUCUGCUGUGUGAAGACUGUGUUCUACCACUGCGGCCAGGACGAGGACGCAAACUCGUGCUACGAGGACCCGUGUGCGUGCUGCAGUGACGACACGCCGCACUGCGUCAAACGGUGGACAUGCAUGGCCAUCAUGGCGUUGUGCCUGCCGUGCCUGUGGUGCUAUUGGCCAGCCAAGGGCUGCUUGCGGGGCUGCACCUCGUGCUACAACAGGUGUCGCAAGAAAGGCUGUCAGUGCACGCGGAAACCCCCGGACAGUCGAACCGUUUCCAAACACUCGCAGACACGCCGGCUUUUGAUCGAAUCGGACAGCUCUAGUGCAUAACUAGGAGACUUUUUUUUCGGGUGCAUCGUGGUUAACACGUUGGCAUCUUUUAUUUAUGCGGGUUCAAACUUAUCAGAGUUUGCUGUUGUGAAUAAGGAAUUUAUAUGGUAUAUUGAGCAUUUGUAUAGAAUCUGAGGUUUUAUGUCUUUCGUUCUGGAUAUAUUAUAUAUAUAUAUAUAUACAUAUAUAUAUACACACACAUGUAUAUAUUAUAGAUAUAUAUGACAGCUGAAAGCAGGAACAGAUAGCAUGUUUUUGUGAUCAUGUGCUACUUGGUGCAGGAAUGGAACAUCGAUUCGCUGAUUCUGUCCAGCUUGCAUUAAAAUCGGUGGAAAUUCUGGAAGAACGGCCAUAGGAAGCAGAGUUCAGUUCUGUGAAAUUAAUGAGUUUUAAAAUGUGAUUCGGAAUACGUUUUCUUACUGGAAUUGGAAUUGUGAUUAAAAUUAUAAUUCAAGCAUGGAUAUACGACUGUAUCUUAAUGUUAUUAUUUUUCUUUUGUCACAGUUUCCAACCGAAAAAUAUAUGUCUGCAAUGAAAUAUUUCUAAUUUUUUCUUGAUGGAAAUGUAUUGGUUCACAUCAGCAAGUUCAACCAGAGGAACGAAAUGUCAUAAGAUUUUUUUUGAUUUUUUUUUUUUUUUUUUGCGCCAAUUCAGGGAACAGGCCAAAGCCGCUAGUGGCAAUCAGUGCAAGGCAUAUACAAUCACUGUUUAGACGAUAUGUUUUAAUGGAUCUAUAUUGUUACUGUCUGCAUCUGUUGGAUUCUUGCCUCGUUAGUUCACAGCAUUUGUUACUGAAUCUAGUAGAUGUUUCAUGACCAAGUAAAUAUUUGGUUUUAAUCAUUUUGCAACUCAUCUGUCUUAGUUUUUUAAUAGUCAAGGUGGUUUUUUCUUUAUUAAUCAUGUGAAACAAAUUUAUUUAUAUCAAACUAAUAAGCUGAUUUUUUUUUAUGUUUACAUAAAUCAUGUUUUGACACUGUGCCAUUUUUAGCUGUACACUGCCAAAUUGUUAGUUUUUAUUAUUAUUUUUUAAUUUUUCAAAACGUCUUCUCUUCCUAUCAUGUUUAAACACUAAGACUUCUGAAAACUUUAUCUGUUUUUUUUUUUUACUGUAAAUUAUUUUAACAUCAGCGUUUCAUUUUAGCAAGCAUUUAGGUAUGUAUUUAGCUGUAAAUACUUAUUAGAUAGUAUAAGUAUCAGAAUUUAAAGUUUGGUUUAAAGUUGAAAGUAUUUUAAAUUUGUUAUUGUUCAGUGCUUAAAUAGAUACUUAAAAUUAUAUACAUAUAAAAUAUGAUCAUGUUUGUGUUGAAGAUCGACGUUUUACGAUAAAAGUGUUUGCCUCGUCUCCUAUCCUUCCCUCCCAUGUCAAUCUUUUUUUUUUCUCUCUUUCUCCCUUGGAACAUGUUUGUGGCACAUAUUUAUUGUCAGUGUAUUACAAGUUGACUUUUUCACCCCUAUGGACCACUUUGGAUUCACCCACACAAAUGAACUGGGGAUUCCGAUUUGUACAUUUUAGGGGUGAAAGAGUUGCCCAUCUAUUUUAUAUAAAAUAGGCUAUAUUUAUUUGUGAACAAGUGGACGUACAUAUAUUUUUAACGGAUGCCGCUGAACAGUGGCGUUCGACUGUUUGAAAGGUAAUCCAAGAGAGUGGACUGGACGUCAGCUCACUUACAGUGUAGGGCCAUACCCAGUUGAGAUGCAGGACAAUGUGUAUAGUGUGAUAUGAUGUAUAUAAUAGACACUUGUUACCGUGGUUACGUAGUGCUGCGUGUUGUCUGCAGCUCAUUGUGUUCAACAGUUGUAUAUAAAGUCUUGUUGCCGUUAA